CUUGUUGUGCUAAUGAGGUGUGGCAAUUUGCACAGAUGCAUAUAUGUGCCUGAUCCUGCAGUGUAGCUGACUGACUGGUUGACCAAACUGCGAAUAUUUAAGGUAGCGAUUUCGAAUAAUAUACUUAGCUUUGUAAUGAUUAUACAAGUUACUACAUCAUGUCCUAUCUCUUGAAAAAAGUCUUGUUAGCCGACUAAAACUGAUGGAACGGGACGAAAACUAUCAAGGUACAUGUGUCGCCGAGGGAACUUAUUCCUAAAAUGAACUUAGGGUGAACCAAAUUGAAAUAAACUAAUGCAAAUUUGUAAUUUUGUGUUGAAUAACCUUGUUAAUAAUCUUAUGUGAUUCAUAAGAAAGUAUUUGAACAGUUUUCUUAGUUUCUUAUUUCUUUUACUGUCAGUUUUUUUCUUUUCCUUUCGUUGAUUUUCCUGUUGGUUCUGGUAUAAAUUCCUUGCCGGUAGUGUAUAAAUACAUUUUGUAGGGUGCUACAUUGUCUGUGAUAUGACUAGAUUAAUAGAAUCAGAGAAAUAUGCGCACAGUCUCAUGAAAUUGCGUGGAUUUAAGUUAUCACUUAUUAACAUUAUCAGAAAUACUAGUGAACUAAAAAUACUGAGAAAAAACUUGACGGCCCAUUAGUCGAGCAAAUCAACUUAAUGAGAAGUACAGACAUGUUAAAUAUUAGUUAAAUAAUAGUGUGGAUACUUCUGAUCUAAUGUUAUCGAUUUCUAUGUUACCUUUCUUCUACCUGUUAGUUCUGGCCUUCGCGAGGAUCGUAUUCAGCAAGCCUUCUGUGUUGUAACACAAUUUAACAUAGUCUAAAUCUCAAGCUAUAUACUUUUUCUCUAUGUAUUCGAACUUUCCCUUUAUUAACUUCAUUCUUUGCUUGCUUUCUUGACCUUUUUCGGUGCUGUUCGUGAAUUGUCGAAACUCAAAGACUUAUGUUUCCCUUCCCAAAAAAUGUCUUGAAAGGUUGAUUCUGGAUAUGUAGCAUGAUGGUUUAAGUUCGAACAAAUUUCCGUUGUUGGCGUAAUAAAUGCUCAUAUAUUGUGUUAAAUAAGACAUAUAUUCUCUUCUGUUUGAAACUAUGAUAUUUUAUUUUUUCUUUCAGACAGCAAAUGGACUUCCUGGUGGAAAUAGAUGAUGAGUUGGACUAUAAUGAAGGUGAAUCACCUGUAACUUUCAAAAGAACCGGUACCAGUUACACAGGAGAUUUAAAGUCUUCACAGUUUCACGUUAAACCAGCUUAUCUAAGCGAUAAAGGCCGUCGUACUAUUGUUUCGCCCCGUGAAGAAGGAGAGGCUUAUUCAGAUGAUGAAAAUGAUUCUGGUAUGCCACCAGUUGAUUCAAAGCGUGAAUAUAACAGCAAACAAAUAACUCAUUUUGAUAAAGAAGAGGGUGAGGCAUCUAGUGAAGAGGACCGACGUUAUGAGAAUUCAAAGCGGGAAAAAUCAGGUUCCAGUAAAUAUCCUUCAGGGAAUACAAAUUUGACACUUGAGGAACAUCAAUAUCGGAACCGUUUACAUGAAAGAUAUGAACGACGUGAGCGUGAAAAGAAGAGAAUACGCGAUAACAUAGAUCCAGAGUCAAUGCAUGGGUCGAACCAACAUGGACGUCCAUUAUAUUACAAAGAAAAUUCUACCUCCAGCAGUGAAAGAGAAGGUGUCCACUCUAAUCCAAAAGUGGAAGACUCAGAAGUUAAUCGGAAGUAUCAGUCUUCGAAACAAUCGGAUUCAAAGCAGAGAGAUCGUAUAUUAGUGUCUACGGUUAAUCAAACAUUAGAAAAUUCACCUCAAGACAAUCGACAAUACAAAACAGCUUUACAAGUAGAACGCGAGGAAUAUGUGCUAAAAUAUGGUCAAAAUCAAUCAAGUUGUGUUACUGUAACUGAUAGAAUGAUUGAAUCGCAAACUAUUUAUACAGAUGAACUAAAUCCUUCACAAUCAGAGAUAAAUCGUAAAUCGAAAUCUAAAAAAUCUAAACGUGAUCGGAAAGAAAAAGAGCAGAAGAUGACAUCAAAAAGUCGAGAGGUGACAACAUUAAAAGUUAAAAAGGAAAGUAAGCAACGAAAAAUUCAAUCUGGUAAUAGUAGUAGUCAUUUAGACUACAAUACUUGGGAGUCAAUUCAAAAAUAUACCAAACUUCCAGAUCGUCAUCAUGGACCUCUCCAACAUAGUCGUUCAGGUUCAUUAGAUUCCAUAUCUUCCGCUUCAUCUCAACUGAGUAAAGUUUCUGCAUACACUGGUUGUUCAUCACACUCAUCACCUUUGGGAUAUCGUAAGUCAUCAACAUCAUUAACAAGUGGUCAACAACUUCGACGCUCUUCUCAAUCACCCAAUGAUCUUGAUGAAUCAUAUACCUAUUCUAAGAAACGUUAUCAUCGUGAAGCUAGAGAAACUGCUCCACCACCUGAAUCUACACGUCAUUAUAUUGGUCCAAAUCAAAUAUCGGUAAAAAUGAAACAUAAGCGUAAAGGUGACAAACGUGAAACAUCUGAAAGUAUUAAUUAUGGAGUAAAUUUGGCUAGUAAACGUGAAAAACUAUCACAAGACAAUGAAAAUCAUGAAUUACAAAUAGACGAUUCACAUACACACUCAACCACUGGACGCACCAAAAGUAAAAUGUCAAAAUCUCUUGGAACAGAAUCUAGUAAACAUAAAAAACACUCAUCUAAGAGUUCAAAAAUGAAAAACAAUCGAUCAACAAUGAGAAAGAUAUCAUCCACUUCAAAACUGGAAGGAGACUAUGAACAAAGUAGUCGCAAUCUCUAUAAGUUAGUAGUAAAUAAACCUGAAGGUGGUGAACAGUAUUCAGAAGAAAGUGACUCAGAUCCACACAAUAUCAAUGAUAAUAGCAAUAGUCGACGAAAUAAUCAUGACAUUAGUUAUAACAAGAUAGCAGAUAUUGAUAUCAAUGAGAAAGCUGGUGGAAAAUCUAAGGAAAUGAAUGUAUUAUUUCCUGCUGGAAAUAAAAUAAUUGGGAAUGAUAUAAAAGGUGAAUUUAAUAGACUACCACCUCCUCCACGUUAUCCGGGCUAUUCAGAAUCUUCAUCUGAAUGUGAAGAAGGUGGAGUACCCGAUAAUGGUUUUUUGGAUGAUGAUGAUGACGAUGUCAAUGAUCAUAAACUUGAUGAUGUUGAACUUCAUAAAGACGAUGAUGUUGUUAAUGAUGAUGAAAUCAGUUCCUUUAAGAAUAAACCACCUGGGAAGCCAUUCUAUUUCCCAUCUAUACAAGGUUGUAGAUCAGUAGAAGAAUUUGAAUGUCUCAAUCGUAUUGAAGAAGGCACUUAUGGUGUUGUCUAUCGAGCACGUGAUAAAAAAGUGAAUGAAAUUGUUGCAUUGAAACGUUUAAAAAUGGAGAAAGAACGUGAUGGUUUCCCAAUUACAUCAUUACGUGAAAUAAAUAUGUUAAUGAAAGCUCAACAUGAAAACAUUGUUACUGUACGUGAAGUAGUAGUUGGCAGUAAUAUGGAUAAAAUCUAUUUAGUUAUGGAUUAUGUUGAACAUGAUUUAAAAUCAUUAAUGGAGAUUAUGAAUGGUCCUUUCAGUGUUGGUGAAGUGAAAUGUUUACUUGUACAAUUACUAAGAGCAGUUAGUCAUCUACAUGAUAAUUGGAUAUUACAUCGAGAUUUAAAAACUUCAAAUCUUCUGUUAAGUCAUCAAGGAAUUUUAAAGGUAGGAGAUUUCGGCUUGGCUCGUGAAUAUGGCUCUCCAUUGAAACAUUAUACAGAAGUUGUUGUCACCUUAUGGUAUCGAGCACCGGAGCUGUUACUAGGUACCAAACAAUAUACUUGUCCAAUUGAUUUAUGGUCAGUUGGUUGUAUUUUCGCUGAAUUCUUGCUACAACGACCAUUAUUCCCUGGGAAAGGUGAAGUGGAUGAAUUAAAUAUUAUUUUUCGAGAUUUGGGCACACCAACAGAACGUAUUUGGCCAGGUGUAUCUCAGUUGCCUGGAAUUAAAAAAUGUGUUUUUACUGAAUAUCCGUAUAAUCAAUUAAGACGAAGAUUUACUGAAAAACAAAUAUCUGAUCAAGGUUUUGAUUUAUUGAAUAGUUUCCUUACAUAUUGUCCAGAUAAACGGAUUACCGCAGAAAAAGCACUUGUUCAUCCAUAUUUCAACGAACGUCCUCGUGCUAUCCAUCCAUCAAUGUUUCCAAGUUGGCCAGCAAAGUCUGAAGGUGGUGUUGCAGUGAAAAGAGCAUCACCUAGAGCACCUGCUGGUGGUGGUGCUCUGGCAGCGGCUGCAGCUGCUGUUGCUGCUGCCGCAGCAGCAGCGGCAUCAUCAUUGGCCACAACAAGUGGUAGUCGUGUAAGGUAUCAGCCUCCGGCGCCUCCUAUGGGAGGUCAACGGUUUUAUAGCAAUAUGUCGGAUUCACGUCCAGGUACAGCAAAUCAAGGAUCAGGUGAUGCUUUUACUACUAGUGGUGUAGAUAAAGGAUUCUUACUGCGUUUUUGAACUGUUCCUAUUGUUAGAAGUUCAGAUAUCCUCUCUUUCCCUCCCUCGCGUUCUCUAUAUCUCUCUUUGAUCCAAUUCCUUGUACAGAAAAGACUUAAAACUCUUGCUUUUGGAUUGUAACUUGUUCUCAAAAAAUGUAUAUGUAUUGUAUUAAAAAAACUUAUUUUGCCAUUUACUGUUUUCUUUUAUUAACUAACUACUUCUGUUUGAGUCGUAUAAUGUUAUGUUAUGGGUUAUUACAAAUUGUGUUUUAGAACUCCGGAUAAAUUUUGCUGUGUAUUGUUGUUUCUAUCGUAUAUGUUUGCGAGUGUAGAUAAUCGAUUUUAUUUAUCCUAACGGAAUUUAGCCCAAUUUUCUAUACAAUAAUCAUCCAUAUCAUGUGUAAAGAACUCUUCAUAUAAAGUGGUCUGAUUAAAACAUUUAAGCUAUCUGUUUUCCCAGUCUUC